CAGAUUCUCCGCCUUGGAAAGAUAGUGGCGGAGGAAAUCGAUAGGCGAAUUUCAAAGAGCUCACCUCAGUGUCGCGUUGAAUAGCGGUGCUUAGGAUUUCCUUCUAUUCGAGGUGUCGAUGCACAGCUGCAUAAAGUAUAGGCAUCUUGGCGUCAAAGACUUGGUCACCAAACGCUAUCAUCAACGGUCUGGCUCUGAGGAGAGUAUAACGCUAUCAGAAGGAGGAUAUCUAGACAGCUCCUUGUCAGAGCCCGAGCAGGAUAGGCGAUACACUUGCCCUCUUCAAGCUGAUUGCUUGAGUCCUGUAACUUGCCGACAAGCACCUUCUACCAUGACUCUCGAUAGCGCCAAUUUGGGAUGCUCUGAUCCGCCCAAAAAUCUUCAGCAUUCUCCCGCUUUCCAUCCACCUCUCCGCUGGCCAGGCUUCUAUCAGCAACCCGUCGAAAAUCGUAUCAUAGAUGGCACAGACUGGAUCGGUUCUUUAUGGGCAGUCUUACACCGUACAAAUCCUCCUUCGUACCGUGCUUCCAAGUGCUUUGAAUCGACGUCUACGAAAGUAGGCCAGCAUCUCAAAUUGCAUCACAUGUGCAAUUUGGGCUUCAUCCAGUUUCUUACCAAAUCGCACGUCCAAAUAAAAACACUCUAUGUUAUUUACGACAUCCUCGAAUACUGGGGAUACCUUGAAAGUACCUGGCCUGGGCUUAUCAACGACAUUCUUCAAGAAAUCAAGGACAGAUGCUCGGACACAGUGGAAUACAGUGCUAAUCUUCGCCGUCGAUGCAAGACCGCUGGACCGGAAUUGGAACACAAGAUGUCGAUGCUGCAAGCGGUAGUUAUCAGACAAUACAAAGAUUCCAACCCUAAGAACAUCGUCAAAACUAUCACUUACGUCUUCAACGGAGGGUGUACGAUAGGUGCCUUGGUCCUUGCUCUGCUUUACCUCUGGAAACCCGACGAGUCUUUAUAUGCUUCCUGUUUACAAUGGAUUGGGAUAAUUUGCGCCCACACAGUUAUUAUAACAAUCCAUAUACAUCCGUGCGCGCGCGAUUUUGCCCAAGACGUCAACAACUUGAACAUCAACGCCUUCCAACUGAUUUGGGCUGUGAGAGACCUGGCAGGGCUACUGACCUGCAUAUCCGAGUCUGAGAAUCCAUCGUUACUUGAUAUGUUGCGUGCCGAGCGGUUCCUAAAAGCUUUCCAAGCAUCGGUGUGUCAUGUUUCUGUCCUUUCUAUCGUUCAUUUCAGCAACUACCCUAUCAAGUUCCUAGGAGGACGUGAAGAAUUAUCAAGGCUUCGGUCGUAUUUGCAGGAGUUGCCCAGCUGGACCGACAAAAACUUUUGCGCACACCAUUGGAACGACCCUGACAAUGUUCUGCUCCAAGGCCACUGUAUCGCUUAUUAGGCACCAUCGACGCGUGCUCAAGGCGUCUUUCCUCACAUUUCUCGACUCUCCAGUGUAGCAGCGACGAGCAUCUGCAUGAAGGUUUCGAGAAUGAUCUCUCGUGGUGACGACGGGAACAUCCAGACGGACCUAUCUCGGCAGAAGCUUCGACAUCUCUC